CUAAAAAUGAUUCUGUAGCUGCCAAGGCAUGCAAGAAUUUCCGAUAUUACAAAUGCAUGACUCGACUCUAUUCUUGUCUAUGAUUCGACUCUUUACAUUGCAUCUCCAGUCGGCUUGAGAAUCAGUUUGGCAGAAGGCUCAAAGCAAGAGUUCCACUGGCGUCUGAAGCGAUUCAUCAAAAGGUUAAAGUCACAAACUUCUUGUUGUUGUGAAAGAAACUACUAAAGACUACAGAUUACACAACAGUUUUGUGUCUACGCCACCAUGUGUGACGGAAAAGACAAACUUCGACAGAGACUGAAAGAAAAGAGGGUCAACGAAGGUUUGGGAGAUAUACCGGAUGAUCUAUUCGAGAAGAAACCUCGUCACGAAAUGACCCAAGAAGAGAAAACCAAGACUGCAGAAAGACGAAAGAAAAACAAAGAAGCUGCAGAAAAAAGCCGAAAGAGGAAAAAGGAGGAAUUUGAACGACUUCAGCUGGAGAACGACCAGUUGACGCAAGAUAAAUGCGAUCUAACAGCACUAAUCCAAUCACUGAAGGAUAAACUGCAAGAGCAGAGACAGACUAACGAGAGACUGCAGCUGACCAACGAGAGCCUGAAGCGAUGGAUCGCCAAGAGGGCAAACGAACUGGGACUGGGGAAGCAUUUCUACAAAGACCUCAAGAACAAACAACAGAAGCACCAGCACAGUACAGCGCACGACGCCGGCGACAGCAUGGACUCCAGCGACUCCGUCCUUCGCGGGGAUCCGUCCUUUGGAAGCCACAGUUUACAAUCCGACAAAGACAAUGGCAAUACGAGGCUGCAGGCGUCUCCUAGGACAAUGAGCUCAACCGAUGCUCUUCCUGCUUCGCCGGGAAACGCGGAAAGCCCUACCCACGUAAGCUCCGCCUCCGCGCGAGAUCUCCCAGCAUCCUGUAUCACAGAGCCGUCUGACGUGUCGUCCACGUACAACAACGUCCCGCACGAACCAAGAUCCCCCGACCAAACUUGCGAUGGUGAGCAGAUUGUGGUGAGCGGCCACGUAGAGCAUGGUGAGCAAGGCGAUGUAUACUAUGAACAUGUAGGCGAAGAAGAAGUGGUGUACCUGACACCUGGCACCAUACUAGUAGUGCACGACGAUCCACAGGUGCCGUCGGUGACCAGCAGCUCCUCUCCGCAACACCCGGAGGGGUCAGAGGUCGUCAGCAGCAUCUCGAAGGCCAUGGCAGUUCUCAACGGGGACGUUGGUGACGCCGUGGCCAGCACCGUUAAUGUCAGCAGCGCCAGUCACGUUGACACAGAGGUCGCCAUCGAGACUCUACUAAGGCAAGGCUAUAAAGUCGAGAUGCCGAGUGCAGGAGUUCUUAGGAAGAGCGGGAAGAGAGAAGCCCACGGUGAGGAGAAUGUCGUCCAGGUGGAGCUGGACCACAACUACAGGACUGUCCCAGUGGGCCUGGCUCCCCAGCUUCCUGCCACCACAGGCGUGGGGGCUGCUCCCCCCGGGACCGGGGUGCAAGUGACGGCUGGUUCUCAACAGUUUCGCAUGAUUCCGAUCAGUGAGAGCCAGUACUUAACUCUCAACAUGCCGGUCACAGUGUGAGGUCAAGCAGAUGAACCGUGCGCCUGACCUGACCAGGACCAUAAUUAAAGCUGUUUGUAGUAGAAUCUGAAAACUUUUUAUCAUCUUAUAUCUUGGCUAUCACAUCGACUGCCAUUGACCUGUACCUAAAGGCAGUCUUAAUUAUUUUACUAAAGUUCGGAAACUGUUUGAAGGCAUCAGCUGCCUCAGUAAUCUUAUUUUAAAGAAAUCAAGGUGGAGAAAACUUUGAGUCAGUUUGUACUUGUAAACAUGUAUCGUUGUGAGUGGAGUGAGAGGUAAUGCAUUUUGUUUUAAUUUUGGAGUUUCAGAAGAAAAUGAUUUGUUUCAUUGGUGGCCAAGGCUUUCCCUCUUGUGUAGUUUAUUGAGAGAUAAUACUCCAAGAGAAGGUAAGCCAAGAAGGCCUACAACUUUUCUGAACGCCUUCAACUGCUUUUGAGACCAAAAUGGUUGUCAUUUGAUCAAAAAUUGACCUGAACCUUCAUUAUCAAUUGUCUUGUUUGACAUUACAUCCUUUGACAUGAACUUUCUUUCUCUCUGUCUUUACUUUUUCCUUUCUUUCUACCUUCUUUUAUUCCCUCCUUUUUUCUAUGUGGUGUUUUAUCAGCUCCUAUUUCCCGUUACAAUUUUUUAAUCUGUCAUUUGACUUAAAUGUUAACAUAUUAAAUUAUGUACCUAGUGUUCAUAUUUGAAUAUCUGUACUUGUAAUGUUUUCUCUGUGUAAUGUUUUAUUUUCUUUCGAUGCUGACAGAUUUUUAAAUGUCAAAUAUUUUUUGUUAACUGUGUGUUUUGUUUUCGGAAAGUUACUAGCAUAUGUUACAUCAUGCUUAGGGAUAAAUGUAUUUUGACAUAAUGUAAAUGGCAUAAGAAAAUAAGAAAAUAAGUGAAUAGUUUAAGUGUAGUACAGACCUUCCUCUUUGUUGACACUGAGCUGGUGCAGAGAGAAGACAGAAAGCAUCUAGCUGCAUUGACUUGAAUAUGAAGAUGAAAUUUGUUCAGGAUAGCAUUGCCAUGAAAUAGUUGAAAUGCUAAUGUUAUGAAGUAUCUUUUAUAAAUAACCUCGACAAGAUGUUUAAAAGGGAGAUUUAAAAUUUAAUAAUAAAAUUACUGAUUACCUGCGCACAUUCCUACGGAUUAUAUACAUGUAUUUUUAUGUAAACAUUUCUAUAGAAAUCUUUGAAUGUUAUUUCUCAGUUAGAAAGUAAUGUAGUUCAAAUGGUUUUUUUUUUUAAAUUUAUGUUUACAUAUCUUUUGUCAGCAUCGGAUUUAAACGUUUUCGCUUUUUUUCCGAUGACUGUUGGCCUGCUGUAGGUUGGCCUCACUUUUCUAGCAGGCCAGACAGUAAAAAUUUCACAAUAUCUAGGCAAUGGCAAGCAUGGUCUUAUCUGCCCCGGGGACGGGGUGAAAGAGAGAGACAAAGAAAAGAAAGAGUAGGAAAGAAACAGCUGGAGAGUUAUAGCUGGCGAGGUACUUUUUUUUCAUAGUUAAAUUUUUAAACAUUGUGAAUAGAUGAGAUAAGUAAUUAUCCCUGCUUUGAGUACAGUAUUGUUAUAGCAUACAACUGUUUGUGUUGUUAAGUAGUUAGUGUGUUUGUCUUUUUCUGGAUGCGUGAAAUUGUCUGCCUUGCUCAUUUUAUAAUCAAAUCGACCCGCCGUAGAGAUAAUGAGCUUAGAGCAAUGUUUUCACUUUAUGUGCAUUACCUAUGAUCUAGUUCUGUGAUGAUAGCUCUUGAAAAAUGUACCCUUUCCACUUACACCUAGAAAUAGCUGGCUUUGUCCAGUAUAGAUACAAAGAGAGAAGUUAACCAGUUUUCUCGCAAUUCAGAUAUGUGUAAAAGAUUAUUGUAUCUCCGCAACAAAAUUUGAAUUUCUUCUUUACGCUUCUGUAAACAUGAGUUAUCCGUGGAUAUGGCCUAAACCAUAUUUUGCACCACUCUUUUUUUUUUUUUUUUUUGCCGCUUGCUGUGUCUCCCACCCAACCCCAGCCACCACCCUUUUCCCCUCGCGGAGAUAAAGAAGGUGAUAUGGAAUGUUAACAGAGUAGUCUCCUCACGCUCAUUCAUCUGCUUUCUAGUUGGCUAGGGGGCGUCGUCUGUGACAUACACUAAGAGCACCCGGACGUAGGUCCUCUUCCUUUCAUCAAGUUUUGCCAAACAGGGAUUUCCCCCAGCAGUGUGUCACGUGUCACUGUGUGUGGGGAGGGUUGGGGGACGGGAAUGUUGGUGCGAGAGACGUUUGAAAACUGAGAAGUUUUUAGCAUAACGUCUCAUCGCACCGAUGUUAAGAUGUAAAAAAAUUUAAAGUAUGGUUCAAAUCUGGAUUUUAAAAUGUGUUUUUCCGUACCAACGUAUCUGAUUACAUUGCCAAAAAACUGCACAGCGUUGUUAAACUUUGUUAGCAAUGUAAAGUAAGGGGUGUGUCUUAACUCUUAUCUUUUUAUUCAUCUUUACUGGCCGGUGCACCAUUACCUUCUGCGCCGGGGACAUGGCUAUAAGUGCUUCUUGAUAAGAUGACUUGCUUGAGUGAAAAUAUAUAUAUAACAUACUCUGCAGAUAUGUCGUUCACAACUUAUCGUCCUCACCCAGGCAUGGCUUAAGGGGAUCUUAGAAAGUUGUGCUUGAUAGGCACCUUUGCUAACAGUGCCGGAAGUAUGGACAACAAAUAAGCGAUAUUUUCCACACAUUGGAGUGGUACAACUGAGUCAUUUUCCUGAUACAUUAAAUAAUUCAUCCUCCUGCACAAGGGAACCACCUGUUAUUUUAGGAAUUAAAAUUGCUGUGAUGCAAAAAAUAUGGUUAUAAUUAUACAUAUGAAGAGUGAAUGUCUUAGUAGAACCCUAUAUGAUGGAAGCAAAUGGAUGGUGAUAUAAUUGUUGUCAAGGUGCUGUGUGUACUCAAGGAAACCAGCACACCUUGUCCUAGAGGAAAAUAAAGAAUACAAAAAGUU